UGUCUGGUUAUGCUAUAACUACUACCUACUGCCGGUACUACUGUUCUGUUGGUGGCACUGUACAUCACGCAUAAGGCCAGCUGAUCAUCACCAAACGAGACAAGCAGUACAGUAGUACCACGUGGGACAAGUGAUCACAAACAGCGAAGGCCUGGAACUACCACCACGCAUCAGGCCACUUGUCUCUGACUCUCUGCCAGUACCCGUUAUCCCGGCCACUCACAGAAGAAAAUGCCUAAUCCAGCCUUUUUGCCCGUCUUUGCCGGGCUCGGCUCUGAGGCCCUGUUCUCGGCCGAGGCACUCGACAGAGCAGCACAGGACGCUUUGGUGCCCGAGUGUGCGGUACUCCUGCGGGCAUGCCACGAGGCCUUUGUCACACAGGUUACGCAGGCCGUGGACAGCCAGCUGAUCGGGCCCGAUGUCAUUCGCCUAGCCGACUUUACCUCGCCCUCGGCUCUAGUGCGCCCGCCGCCACGCUAUUGCCGCCACAACGUGCUCAUGCAGCACGUCACGCUCUACCUGCAACAGGUCCUGCGCCAUCUCGCAUCUGCACCUUCACGCGAGCCCGGAAAGCUUGUCGCGGCCGCGGGCUUCUGUGUCGGCCUCCUCCCGGCCGCAGCCUUGGCGACGGCAGGGGCGUCGUCCGAUUCGUCCCUGGCGUUGAUCUCGCGCGCACUCGAUUUCUUCCGGGUUGCGCUCUGGGUCGGCAUCCACAGCGAGUGCCACCGCAGGACGGCAGUAGCGCGCGAGGUCGACCUAGAUACUCCCCGGUCCUGCAGCUACGUCGUCGACGGGCUCUCGCCCGAUGCAGCCUCUCAGCUCCUCCCCGAGGGCGGACAUGUCUUUCUCUCCGCCGUGUUAUCUCCGACGCGCGUGGUGUUGAGCGGGAUUCCGUCCGAACUCGCCAGCUUCGUCUCGCACAAGCUGCCGCAAAGCUGCCGUGCGCGGCCAACGCAAGUCUUCAGCCUCUACCAUGACAGCCGCCUCAGCCACUUACGGCAUCGGGUCUUUGAUGACGUCGGCAAGUACGAGGAUGGUCUACUGCAGACCGAGAUCCGACUCGCCGCCCCGCUCCUGUCGGCGUCUACGGGGGAGCCCCUUGCCCUCCCGAGCCCGUCCCAGGUCGGAGACUUGGUGGCCGCCAUCCUAGACGAGGUUUUCCUCCAGCCGGUUGACUGGGUGGCCGUACAGGCCUCGAUCGCCUCGCUCGCGGGGUCUCAGUCAGACCCGAGGAGUGAGACCUGCCCGGUCCACAUUCUGAACUACGGACCUGGUGUGGGCAUGUCACAUAAAGCAAGUUCCGCACUGCCGGACAAUGUUGACAUUAUUGACGCGUCGCUGCUGGCAGUGGCUGCCGGCGCUGUCUCUAAGGAGGACAUCGCCAUUGUUGGCAUGGCCGUGGACCUGCCCGGGGCCGCCGACUGCGACACGCUUUGGGAAGGCCUGAUGCAAGGGACCAACACCUGCACUGAGAUACCAGCGUCGCGGUUUGAUGUUCAGCAGUAUUCAGGCGACGGCCACAACCAGCAAGCACGGAAACGCGGCGGGCGGGUGCUCAAUGCCAGGCAUGGCAACUUCCUCGAGAACCCGUUCCUCUUCGACGCCGAGCUGUUUGACAUAUCCCGACGCGAGGCCAAGUCCAUGGACCCGCAACAGCGCAUCCUUCUCCAUACGGCCUACCGCGCGCUGGAGGAUGCCGGCUACGUGCCCGACUCGUCGCCGUCCUUCUGCCGAGACACGUUCGGCUGUUGGGUUGGCAACGCCACGCUGGACUAUGUCGACAACAUGCGUGACGACAUCGACGUCUACUACAGUCCUGGGACCCUCCGUGCCUUCCUCAGCGCCCGGAUAUCGUACGUCUUUGGUUGGAGCGGGCCAUCCAUCACCUUGGACACGGCCUGCUCCUCCUCGAUUGUCGCCUUGCACCAAGCCGCCAGGGCUAUCAUGGCGGGCGAAUGCAGAGCCGCUCUGGUCGGUGCUGCCAACACAAUCACAAGCCCCGAUAUGUAUCUUGGCCUGGACAGAGCCCACUUCUUGAGUCCGUCGGGGCAGUGCAAGGCCUUUGACGCCUCUGCCGACGGCUACUGCCGCGCCGAGGGCUGUGGGGUGUUUGUCAUCAAGAAGCUGUCCGAUGCCAUCGCCGAGGGGGACCGCAUCCACGCGGUCAUCAAGGCGGUCGAGAUCAACCACAGCGGAAACGCGCAUUCCAUCACACAUCCACAUGUUCCCACGCAGGAGGCAUUGUUCACCCGCAUGUUUCAAAAGGCCAGGAUCGAUCCUCGUGAGGUUUCCGCAGUAGAACUUCAUGGUACAGGAACCCAAGCGGGCGACCCCAACGAAGUCGAGAGCGUGCGACGCGUGCUCUGCGCCGGGCGUGACGCGCGCAAGCAACCGCUGCACCUGACGUCCAUCAAGGCCAACAUCGGCCACGCCGAGGCCGCCUCGGGCAUGGCGGGACUGGCCAAGCUGGUGCUGAUGCUGCGGCAUGGCCGCAUCCCGCCGCAGGUGUCGCUGCACACGCUGAACCCGCGCAUCCGCCAGCUCGGAAGCGACGGCGCCGUGAUCGUGACCGAUCGCCAGGGCGCCGAGUGGCCGCGCACGGCACCCGGCAGGCCGCGCCUCGCCAUGCUCAACAACUUUGGCGCUGCCGGGUCCAACGCCGCCGUGCUCGUCGCCGAGCACAUUGACUCCAAGGCUAUACCACUACGGACGCCAGCAACAACGCUUGUUUGUGGCUUUUCAGCUAAGAGUGAGCGCGCCAUCGCCGCUCUGCAGCGGGAACUGGCUGCCCGUUUGGCGGAAGCGGCUGCUGAGGCUCAGGGGCCUCGGUUUAGUCUCGGCGACGUCUGCGCGACCUUGACGUCGCGCAGGCAGGUGUAUGACUGGCGCGUCACUGUGACCGCGAGCUCGGUUGGUGAGCUGGCCGAGAAGAUCCGCACGGCCGCGCCACGCCGGGUGGUGCGUGGUGGGGGCCCGUGGACGAGACCUGAGGCCGUUUUCGUCUUCUCCGGCCAGGGCUCGCAGUAUCUGGGCAUGGGACGGGAGCUCAUGGCGACCUACAGCGAGUUUGCCGAAACGGUGCUGCAGUGCGACUGCUGGCUUGUCGAGAACGGGUACCCCGGCUGCCGUGCGGUCAUAGAGGCCAGCAGCGAAAGCCCAGCGGAGACGCAGCAACCGAACGCUUCUUCCCGCUGGCAGGCGUUCCAGUCCGCACUCUUUGUGCUAGAGGUGGCCCUGGCGCGGCUCCUCAUCUCCUGGGGCAUCGCGCCCAUCGCGGUGGUGGGCCACAGUCUGGGAGAGUACGCCGCUCUGGUAACCGCUGGCGUCGUGGAUCUGUUCGACGGGCUCAAGCUCGUUGCUCACCGCGCGUCGCUGAUGAUGCAGCACUGCGAGGUCGGCCACACUUCGAUGCUCGCCGUUAACUGCAGCGCCGACGCAAUGGAGGCUCUCCUGCGCGGUGAUGAUGACCGCUUUGCUGGUGUGGAGGUUGCGUGCCGUAACAGCGAGACGGACUGCGUCGUGGGGGGCCCCGUGCCGGUGCUGUCGGGGCUGAAGACCCAUCUCGGCGAGACGCGCGGCAUCAAGAGCAAGCUGCUCGAUGUGCCGCUGGCCUUCCACACGCAAGCCAUGGACCCCAUGAUGGCCGAAUUCCGUGCCUUUGCCGCCCGUGAAGCAGGCCUAUCCCUAUCCGCUCCCACCGUCCCCGUCGUGUCCAACGUGCUGGGCCGGACGGUGCGUCCCGGCGAGAAGGACGUCUUUUCCGCCGGCUACUUUGCCGACCACUGCCGCAACGCGGUCGCCUUCGACGACGGGAUCAAGGACUUCCUCGCGGGUCUUGAUGCCAGCGCAGCUGCUCUGAGGUUCAUCGAGGUGGGGCCGCAUUCCUCCAUCCUGCCGAUGCUGCGCCCGCGUGCUCUUCGGGCUGCUGCCAGUACCGCCGCUGGGGCGCGGGAUCCAGAGCUCCUCCCCGUCCUGACCAAGGCUUCGACACCCGACGAGACCGUCUCCCGGCUUCUACGCCAUUUCUACGAAACCGGCGGGGAUGGCAUCAACUGGAGGAAAGUCUUCAUGCGCCGUGGGAAGACGCCUCGUCGGCUGCCCGUCGACCUACCCACCAUGCCCUUUUUCAAGGAGGAGUUCUACACGCCGUACCGCGAGUCAAGGGUUGCUGUUCAAGAGGAGGUCCCGGAACCGACACUCGUGGCAAACAGCUUCGCUGCCCGAGCCAUCCAACGGUUGCCUCCCGGCUCCGGCGACGGCCAGGCUGUGUACGACACGCCAGCCUCGCUGCUCAAGGACUUCAUCGCCGGCCAUCUCGUCUGCGACCAGGCGCUCUGUCCAGCCUCGGUGUACCACGAGAUGGCUCUUGCCGCGCUUGCUGACACCGAGUCUGGAGCAGCAGCAGGAUCCUGGUCGCUUACCAAGAUCAAGUACCUGGCGUCGUUCGUAUACCGCGAGGAUCAGGGAGGCUCGGAACAAGUCCUCAGGGUGGUACUUUCGAGGAAGAACACGCAUCCGGACGGCUACGAGUUCACCAUCCUCUCAUACAGCGCCUCGUCCGAUCCCGACACCAGCAGCACAACGCACUGCCGUGGCAUCGUCAGGCGCAACACGCAGGACUCGCUGAAGCUCAAGUACCCGCGGCUCUGGGCAUCCGCCAAGGGUAGGAUGAGCGUCCUUCUGGACCACCCUUCCUCAGACGCACUUUUGCAGGUUUUUUCCCGAAGCGCCAUGUACGACAAGAUCUUCCCGCGCGUCGUCACCUACUCCGAGCCAUACCAGAUGGUCCGGUCAAUCCACGUCAACGACACGAGGGGAGAGGCCUUUGCAGCGUGCGAGUAUCCCAAGCCGCGGCUGGGAAGCGACGGCGCCAUCCCCGCCGCCAACGCCAUCUUCAUGGACGUGCUCCUGCAUGUUGCCGGGUUUGUUGCCAACCUGCGUGUGGCAAACGACAUCAUGGGCAUCUGCACCGAAGUGGGUGCUGCCACCGUUCUCCGAGCGCCCGAAGGCGGCGCUACCGGGGCGCCGUUUGAGAUUUUCUGCUCGACGUUCGAGAUGUCUGGCCAGGAGGGUGGCGUUGGAAGUGCUCUCACGAUCGCCGAGGCGUACGCGAUGGACGCCCACGGCCUUCUCGCCGUCUUCAAGGGCAUGGUGUUCCAGCACGUCAGCAUGGCACGUAUUCGCCUGGCUCUCGGCGUGAAACAACCCGUCAAGCAGCAGCACCAGCGUGCUGUUGCGGCCUCUGUCGACAACAACCCAAAGCCCGCCCCCAGCCGAGGACAUCCCUCGAUUUCCACUUCCACCAUAGCGAGCCCACCACCAGUCUCUCCCGCGGUUGUCGACGUCCGGGACCUGGUCGCCAAGGCGUGCGGUCUCGGAUCCGGAAGCACGCUGGCGGCCGACUCGGCCCUCGAUGCGAUCGGCGUCGACUCGCUGCUGAUGAUCGAGCUCCACUCGGACCUCUCGUCCGUCAUGAGCGUCAGCAUUCCGCACGACGCCUUGGCCGAGUGCGCCACCGUCGGCGACAUCGAGUCCCUCGUCUCGUCUCUCCGGUACACGAGCGGUAAUGCUACUACUACUACUGCACGCUCGGCCUUCCCGGACAGUGCAGCAGACUCGGUGUCGUCAGCCAGCUCGAGCACCACCGCCAGCCCGUGCACACCCGACACCACUAGUAGUACGCCCGGAACGGGCGGCGCCCAGGCGGCCAGCAUGACCGAGAUCAUCGCUAACGUCUGCGGCGCCGACCCGCGGACCAUCUCGCCGGACUCGGAGCUCAGGUCCCUGGGGAUCGACUCGCUCAUGACGUUGGAGCUCGAGGACACGCUGCGAGCGACCUAUGGAGUGGACAUCUCGUCCUUGGGCGUGCAGCACUGCCGUACUGUGGCCGACGUUGCGAAGCUGAUCGGCCGCCCCAGUAGCGGCAACGGCCCACUUGCAAGACAGGUCUCUGCGGCCCUUGCCCGGCUCGUGCCACAUGUGGAAGAGGACGAUCCCACCUCUUUACCCCCCUUCCUCUCCGAAGAAGAACGAAACGCAAUUCCACACAUCUCCCGUCUCCUACACCUCACCGAAGAGCCGGAGCUCAUCCAAUCCCCGCCGCGCAACCAGCCCCCAGCCGCGCCAAUCUUCCUCAUCCACGACGGCAGCGGCAUUUGCACGCACUACCGUCGCCUCCGCCCGCUCCACCGCCCCGUCUUCGCCCUGCACGACCCCAGAUUCCUACUGCCUUUGGAAAGCAACAACAACAUCAUGAACAACAACAACAGCAGCAGCAGCAGCCCCUGGCCAGACCUACCAACCAUGGCGACACACUACGCAGACCUCAUCUCCUCCUCCUUCUCUUCCUCCCAAGCACAACAACAGCAACCAUGCAUCCUCGGCGGCUGGUCCUUCGGUGGCGUGGUCGCCUUCGAGGCGGCACGCACCCUGCUCGCGCGCGGCGACCGUCCCGUCGCGGGCGUAGUCCUGAUCGACGCCCCGCCGCCGGUCCGACACGUGCCCCUCUCGGAGGGGAUCAUCCGCGCCGUUACUACUACCGAGUCGUCGAGGAGCAGCAAUGCGACCGCGACGGCGAUGCGGAAACUCAUCCACCGGUCCUUCUCCCGCUGCGCCUCGCUGCUCGGCGCUUUCUGUGCUGCCCUAGGUACUACUACUGCUACUACUACCGGGGCAGAGGAGCUACGUGACCAUGACCCGCGCCCCAUCCCGCGCGUAAUUGUGCUGCGCGCCAAGGAGGGGUGGGUGCCGCCGGCGGGGUAUUUUUCUUCUUCUCCUGUUUUUCCUGGAGAGAAAGAGAAGGAAUACGAGAACGCCUGGCUCCAAGACCGACGGGACCCGGGUCUCACGACGCGCGGAUGGGAGGAGGUGACGGGCCAGGCGGUGGUGCGGUGUAUCGAUAUCCCCGGGGACCAUUUCUCUGUGUUUGAUAAGGCGAAUGUCGGGGAGGUGUCGGCCGCGGUGGGGAGGGCUUGCCAGGAGUUGUUGGACCUUGGGGGGGCUGCACGUCCAGUGUCAAGAGUAAGGUCGUAGUACGGCACUUCCAUGUUUGUUGUUGGCGGAACGCACAACCUGUGAACGCUUGGAGAGCUUUUCAUAAUGGCCUAGACGGGACACACUUUGUCGAAUCCUUGAACGAGGUCUUCAGUCGUCCAGGGCGGUUAUCAACAUAGAGACCUGAAAGGCUGAAAUGGUAAUGGACUCUACAGGCUUCGUUCAGUUCGUCGUUCAGGGCAUUUGGGAGACAAAGGGGGUUUCCCAUAUGUAACCCUAGUUAGGAACCUGGAAAAUUUCCUAUUUUUAUCACAUAUUUUUCA